GGCCCUGAUCAAUUGCAGAGUUGUGAGGACAAAUUAGUAGGAGAGAAGAAGAGAGCAGAUCUAUCACAUAUAAUCUCACUCUCUCUCUCUCUCUCUCUCUCUCUCUCUUUCCCUCACUCUUUUGCUUCUCUAGCUAUGUUCUCCUUCAAUGCCACCACUUUUACGAACAAUUCGCUAUCUGGGGUUUCCAGAUGCUUGACUCAGUCAAGCAGAAGAGUUUCAGCUCCUAUGGUGGUAGCCUCUGUGAGCUCAAACGGAAAACCUGGAGACAGAAAUGUAAGUGUAUUGGUGGAGAAUGCUUUGACGGAAAGUCCUGCACCGGUAGAGAUGGAUAUCAAAUCUACCGUCACUGGAGGAGUUGGUGACGUUUAUGGUGAGGAUAGUGCUACAGAAGAUCAGUCCAUUACCCCUUGGACCUUAUCUGUUGCUAGUGGUUUCUCAUUGUUGCGUAACCCGCACUACAAUAAAGGCCUUUCUUUCAGUGAGAGAGAGAGAGACACCCACUAUUUGCGUGGUCUUCUUCCUCCUGUCGUAAUUAGUCAUGACCUUCAGGUCAAGAAAAUGAUGAACAGCAUCCGUAAAUAUGAUGUACCGCUUCAAAGAUACAUGGCCAUGAUGGAUCUUCAGGAGAUGAAUGAACGGCUAUUCUACAAGCUUCUUAUUGACAAUGUUGAGGAGCUGCUUCCUAUAGUUUACACUCCAACUGUAGGUGAAGCAUGCCAGAAAUAUGGUACCAUCUUCAGGCGUCCUCAAGGUCUUUUUAUCAGCUUGAAAGAAAAAGGCAAAAUUCACGAGGUAUUAAAAAAUUGGCCUGAGAAGAAAAUUCAAGUUAUUGUUGUUACUGAUGGAGAACGAAUUCUGGGCCUUGGGGACCUUGGUUGCCAGGGAAUGGGGAUACCAGUGGGCAAGCUCUCUUUAUACACUGCUCUGGGAGGCAUUCGCCCGUCAGCUUGUUUGCCCGUUACCAUUGAUGUUGGUACAAACAAUGAGAAUUUGUUGAACGAUGAAUUCUACAUUGGACUCAGGCAAAGAAGAGCUACAGGACAGGAAUAUGCUGAACUUUUAGAUGAAUUUAUGUAUGCUGUCAAGCAGAAUUAUGGGGAGAAAGUGCUCAUUCAGUUUGAAGACUUUGCAAAUCAUAAUGCAUUUGACCUCCUUGCAAAGUAUGGAACUAGCCACCUUGUUUUCAAUGAUGACAUACAGGGGACAGCAUCCGUGGUCCUUGCUGGGUUGAUGGCAGCAUUGAAUUUGGUUGGAGGAACAUUGGCUGAACAUACAUUCUUAUUCCUUGGAGCAGGGGAGGCUGGCACAGGUAUAGCUGAACUCAUAGCUCUUGAGAUGUCAAAGCAGACUGGAAUCCCUCUAGAAGAGACUCGCAAGAAAAUUUGGAUGGUGGAUUCUAAGGGGCUGAUUGUUAAAUCUCGCAUGGAGAUGCUUCAACAUUUUAAGAGGCCUUGGGCACAUGACCACGAACCAGUAAAAGAACUGGUGAAUGCUGUGAAGUCAAUUAAGCCUACAGUCUUGAUUGGGUCUUCUGGAGCUGGGAGAACAUUUACUAAAGAAGUUGUACAAGCUAUGGCAACCUUCAAUGAGAAACCAAUUAUUUUUGCCCUCUCCAAUCCAACAUCACAGUCUGAAUGUACUGCUGAGGAGGCUUAUACCUGGAGUGAGGGGCGAGCCAUUUUUGCUAGUGGGAGUCCAUUUGCUCCAGUUGAGUACAAGGGGAAGGUCUAUGCGUCUGGCCAGGCAAAUAAUGCAUAUAUCUUCCCUGGGUUUGGUCUAGGACUGAUAAUAUCUGGUGCAAUUCGCGUCCACGAUGACAUGCUCCUGGUAGCCUCGGAAGCUUUAGCAGAGCAAGUUUCUCAAGAGAACUUCGAAAAGGGACUCAUAUACCCCCCAUUUUCCAACAUUAGAAAGAUUUCAGCGCAUAUUGCUGCCAAAGUGGCAGCUAAAGCAUAUGAAUUAGGUUUGGCCACUCGUCUACCGGAGCCCAAGGACCUAGUCGCAUAUGCAGAGAGCUGCAUGUACAGCCCUGCUUACCGCAGCUAUCGCUGAGUCAGAGAAGAUAUUUGUUGCUUCAAAAUUAGUCAUUUGUUCCUUAAUGUUUUAGUUAGUUUUUGACGGCUAUCUCUUUUUUGUUCUAUUGCUCUCAAUUUCUGUACGAUCUUGCUAGUAAUAUACAGGCGACUGAAAAAAAAAUACGGUAGCUUGCAGAUAUGGUGUAUUCGUGAUUUAUUUCAUUAUGUUAGAGGUAAGUAUAGGGAACUCUGCAGCGUAAGAUCUUAGUGAGCCUCAUUAAUUUUGUUAGUUGUGAACGUUACUGUCUCGGGGUGAUUAUAUAAAAUGUUAAAAGCCUUGUAUCA